AUGGAGUGGCCUCGUUUCCUGCUGCUUGCCGCUGUGCUGGUGGCAGAACCGCAACAUGCGACAGAUGCCGAUGCCGGCAAUGAGCAAGGUGGCCCUGCUGACAGACUGCAGCUUCGAGCCCACACGGACUUCCCACCAUUCGAGGCGGAUGGGAGACAUUUGACACUACUCUUCCGGGAUGGCAGGGCAGCAGAAGAGUUUGAUUGCUCCGCCCCUCGGGCCAAAGAUCUGCCCGGUAUGGAUUUUCGGAGGUUGGAGCUGUCCGCAAGCUCGAUCGCUGGUGUGUCUUCUAUGUGGGCGAACCUGUGGGGAGCUUCUGAAGCGGAUACCACACCGCCAGGGUCCCUGUGGCUUACGGAGGCACACAUCUCAAGCUCUGGCGGAGACGCCCUGAUGCCAAGGCUCAGCGUCUCCUUAGACACGGAGCCACAGAGAGACGGAGCGAUUGAGGUCACUGAAGAGGCGCAGUUCCAGAGUGAGCUGACCGUUUACUAUGACUGCUGGCAAAAUGGCGAGGCACGGGUCGAGCUCCACUUGACACUGGCGACCGACGAGGGGGGUAACCAUAGCCAGGAGAUUUGUUUAGGCUGGUUGAAGGUUUGCCGAAUGGGCUUUGAAGGGCUCGUGGUGCGCCACGGCGAGUAUAGCGAAUGGCCCAUCUACCCAACCUCCAAUGACAGCACAGUUCCCACACCACCCUUACUGGACGCAGAGGGAAUCCUCGAGGAUGUUACUAAGCUGCAGCUUUCCUCACGAGACGGAACCAUCCGAUUGCAGUCGCCGACAGUCGCCAGCUCGGAUGACAAGCUCCUGAAGGUUGACAUCAGAGGCGUCGCCGUGACGAUGACUCAGGGCGACUUCUUUCUUGAGGUAGGCAGCGAGCCCACAGAGAUUUCUGUCAUUUACACCUGCCAGGGAGCUGGCACGGCAGAAGUGGAGCUAGGCCUUUGGCGUGCAGUAAUCACAUCGGCCCACGCCGCCGAGGGGCUCCAUUUGCACUGGCGCAAGCAAUGUGGUGAGUCCACCUACAAGUUCAUGGACAUCUUCCUCAAAAGCGAGAUGAACAUCUCAAGAACGCAGGCUGUGGCACAUGGCCGUGUUCUGCCGGGAUUUGAGCCUCGAUGUCGAAACCAAAGUAAGAGUAGCCAUCCUGCGGUGGAUGCCGCGGGCCCCAACAAGUCUCCAUCCCAGUCCUGCGGAUCUCGGGCACCUGCGGUGGAAAUCAGUGAGAAGGAGAUCAAGACCAAUGUUGAGUUGCGCGUGGAUCCGGAAGGUAUGGUUUUGCCUCCGGCCCUGCAGCACCAACCAGCUGUGUCCUUCGAUCAGAGGAUUGUCAAGGCCUUCAUUGCGCGCCUGCCCGAGCCCUUUGUGCGAGGCAGGAACAAAGUGCCUUGCACCAACUGCGACUCGUCACUACGGGCAGCUGCGCCUAAAGCUGCAUCUCAAAGCAUGAUCAUCAAGUACAUCUGCCACAAAGAAGGCAUCAGCCCGAUCACGCUCACAGUCUAUCUGGACGGGUACAAGCCGAUCGAUGUCGCAUGGCAGAAGAAGUGUCGGGAGCCCAAGAAGCCGCACGUCGGCAGGGCGCUGACUGCGCCUCAGGCCAUGACCAUGGCCUUCCUGGUGUGUGGACUCAUCGGCGUAGUUGUUUGCAUGGUCUGCCUCUUCUGCAGCUCUGACUCGAAAGAGAAAGAGAAGCUGUUCUUGGGACGAGGGACGAACAAAGGAGGUCGGCAGAUUGAGUUCGGUCGUCUCGGACCUGACUCGCAAAGA